AUGUUGGAUGAGAAUUUACCUACCUUCCUUCUGAAGACCUCUACCGAGAAACCGAAGCACAACUCGACGUUCUAUUACACACAACACGGCUCCGACGCAGAGCCGACUUACUCUCUGUGCCAUCCUGAUCCAGAGCUUCUAGGCUCGAAGAACCGAUAUGCUGCCGCUCUGUACGACGCGCAUAACCCUGACGUUCUUUUCGCCGAGGUCCUGCUUAUUCCAGACUGGACACAGCCUUCCCUUUCUGCAGAAGCCAUCCGAUUGAAUGGUGGGGUGGCGCCACCACCAGAACCCAUUCUCCCUGGCGAGUUUGUGGUUCAGCUAUAUAAUCCGGACCAGCAGGUGAAAGUCAGACAGAAGCCUGGAUCAUGGGGCUCCGCUCCUUCCUGGGAAUUCGAGAUGCCGCAGCAAAGCUUUCGGCAACCAUCAACUUCGUCCAUUGACAGAACACAAAAUGAUCCGGCGGCGUCUGAGCUGACUCCGAGGGUCGGAUUCAGGUGGAAGAAGGAUAGCAAAUUCACCAAAGAUCUUGCCUGUUUCCUUUCUGGGAAGACAACGAACGCUGAUGGCAGCAAGAGAAGAAACAAAGAGCCUGACAUUACUGUGGCCAUUUUCCAUGCGUUGAAGGAGGUCACGUUAUAUGAACCAAAUUUACAAAGAGUUGAGAUAGAAGAUCCAAAAGGGUUCGAAGUGGUGCUCUUGCUCAGCGCAGUCGUCAUUCGGGAUGUGUACUUCGGGCAAAUGGAGCAAGCAUUCAACAUCUCUCACCCUCCUGGAGCUCGCUCAGCUUCAACCUCUCCAAGCCCAGCGGCGGCGAUGCUGGGAUUAUAUGGUAGGAGGUCUACGAGUCCGGUGAGUCCUCGCAAAAAGGCUUCGUCUCCGGCAAAGCCCCUUAUCACUGUGCCUGUUUCGCAACGAGAUAAUCGUAUACCACCCACCGAUCCCCGAAGCCAGUGGGAAAUUGAUGCGGAAACCGCUCGACUCAAGAAAGAAGCAGAAACUGAAGAACGAGAACGGAAGCGAAAGGAAGCUAUCGAACAAAAGCGAGUCAAGAAGAUGCUCGAAGCUGAGGAGAAAAACGAGAAGAGGCGCAAGCAGGCUGAGGUGGACAAAGAGACUGAAAGACUCAAGAAGAUAUAUGGAACACAGGGUCACACGAAUCCAGCGACUCCUAUGAGACCAGCUACAAAAACCAAUCAUUAUAAUAACAACUCACAGCAAAGACCAAAUGCUAUUUCAAGGCCUCAAAGUGUUCCUCAGUCUGGCCAACCGCAGGUGAGAUGGGCUCCACCAGCACAAGGGCCAUAUUUACACGUCCCAGGUGGGUAUCCAAGUCAGAGUGGGUUCUUAGGCAAUGCUGGCCCAGGUGUGUGGCCUAAACUAAGAGAGAAGAAGAGCUUCUUUGGAUUUGGACGAGAACAUGACACACCGAAGCUACACAAGAAGAAGAGUUCCGCGUUCUGA